UUUUUAUUGAUGCAUAUUUUCAUAAUGUCUUGUUACUUGAGGUGUGUGGUGUGAGUGAUCUGGUAGAAGAGUAUGAAAAAUCAGGAAACAGAGCAACAGAAGGAUUAACUUUGUUUGAGUUGGUCUCCUUUAUUCUGUGUAAGGAGGAGUACAAAAAUCAUCAUGUGUUCAUCGACGAGAUUCCAUUUUAUGAACGAGGUAUUGAGAAGAUUGCUGAGUCUGCAUAUCCUGGCAAAAUUUUAGAAUCCUUCAGAGCUGAAUGGAUACGAGAGCUUGCAGGCGAUAGAAGUGGAGAAUCUCCAGCCUCUGACAGGGGCGUUGAGAAGGUAGCUGAGUCUGCAGAUUCUGACAAAAAUGGUAAAACUAUCGAUCGUCAUGUGUGGAUGGCAAUUAGAAAUGAAGCAAUACUUUCAAUUUAUAACAGCACUUUUCCAGAGUGGCAGAAAAGAAUGGAAGCAGAACCUUACUCCUUUGUCUUUCCUAAACUCAGCGAGAACCUGAGAAAUUCAAAGAAUGUUAUAGAGUUUACCGAGAAACAUCGUGACAUGAGAUUUGAAGACCUAUAUGGAUCCCCUGUAAAGGCUGAUGGACCUAAGCAUCACCCUGUCAUAGGACCCCAGCCAGAAUAUAUCGAAUGCGACGCAGGCAACCUUCAUGAUAUUCUUAGAACAACUUUGGAGAAAAAUUACCCUGAGGAGGAGGAACCUGUUGUGAUUCUCUGUAAUUAUGGUAUGAAUGUUAGCACUGUCUUUGCUAAUUUGAAAAGAAAGAUGAUGAGUGGAGAUCCUGAAAACCAAAGGACUGAAAUAGAAGAAUCCGACAACACUGAGGAUGAAUCUGAGGAUGACCUCAAUGAUAAUCAAAUAGACUCCAACUUACCUGAAAUAGAGUAA